AUGGUAUCAAAGCCUAGGAAACUUAGGGACCGCAGUGAGAUUGUGCGUUUACCUUGUGCUUUUGUUGAAGUUUCUGUUAAUCUGUUGCCUUACUUAGUUCUAUUAGUUUUGGCUGCUGCACCGACCUUGAGCAAUGCCCUUUUGAACAAUAAUCAUCGCGGGAAUAGGGAUGUAGUACGACUGGUGGCGGGACACCACCCACCUACCUUUGCAGGGGAGGAAUAUCCGACAGUGUUGGAGGAGUGGAUUCGUACCUUUGAUAAGAUUCUGGACGUGGUGGAUUUCUCGAAAGAUCGUCGAGUGGAGAUGGCCACGUUUUACUUCAGGCAGGAGGUCGACUUGUGGUGGACCCAUGAAGGGCUAGUGUGCAGGAAAGACCCGAGUGUCAGUUGGGAAGGGUUGAAAGAUAAACUACGUGAACGCUUUUAUUCCACACAUGUCAAAGUAGCAUUGUACGAGGAGUUCCUCCACCUUCAACAAGGAUCUUCAUCGGUGAUGGAAUACCACAAGAGAUUCUUUGAGCUGGCGCGCUUUGCCUUGACCUUGGUACCCAUCAAGGCAAUAAAGGUUGAGAAGUUUGUGACUAUGCUCAUUGAAGCUAGGAAAGCCUUGACGGUAUCGAAACCCAGGACCCUCAGUGAGGCCUACUUUUACGUAGCUGAUCUUUAUCGUGUGCAACAGAUUCAGAGAGGAGUCCAGGAAAGGCGUAAGAGGAAAAGUGAAGGGAGGGGUGCACCUAUUUAUAUGGGACCAACAGUUACCAAUGCCGAUCCAGCAAGAAGCUUCCAAAGAAACGAUUUCAAUGGUGGUAAGACUCCCCAGCCAAUCGGGAACAAUGCGGCCAAGGGAAGGCACUACGACUGCAAGAUGUGUGGAAAUGAUCACCCCGACGUGGAUUGUCAUGGGAGGCUUGUAGAGUGCUUCGCUUGUAGCAAGAAAGGUCACAGUUCCUUUGAGUGCUUGGUUAAGAGUAAGACAUCAUCAAACCCAAGUCCAACUGGUAGUGUGAGACCCCAGUCGGGAGGCCAGUUUCGAAGUGGGAGCAACGAUGGAGGAAUUGGAGGAAACACUAAGAGUCUGAAUGUGAGGCUGGGACCCCCGCAAGGCAAGAUCUACGUCAUGAGUCCGACGCAAGCCAAAACCAAUUAA